AUGCUGCGGAAGCGCGGGGCGGCUGUGGGCCCCCGGCUCCUGCGGGCCGCUCUGGGCCUGGGGUCCCGGCUCGGGCCGGCGCGGGCGGCGUCGGGCGUGCGCGGGCAGGGCUGGUUGCAGCCGGCGGGCCACGACACGGGCGUCAAGGUGUACAACAGCCUCACCCAGAGGAAAGACCCCUUGAUCGUGGCCAGCGUGGACGCCGCCUCCUGGUAUAGCUGUGGACCAACUGUCUAUGAUCAUGCACACCUUGGCCAUGCUUGCUCGUAUGUUAGAUUUGAUAUCAUCCGAAGGAUCCUUACCAGGGUUUUUGGAUGCAACAUCAUCAUGGUGAUGGGAAUCACAGAUGUGGACGAUAAAAUAAUCCACAGAGCCGCCGAGAUGAACGUGUCACCUGCCUCUCUCGCCAAUCUGUAUGAAGAGGAUUUUAAACAAGACAUGGCAGCCUUGAAGGUUCUCCCCGCGACUGUGUACUUGAGGGUAACUGAAAAUAUUCCUCAGAUCAUUUCUUUCAUCGAAGGAAUCAUUGCUAAUGGGCACGCUUAUCCGACAGCACAAGGCAACGUCUACUUUGACCUGCAGUCGAGAGGAGACAAGUAUGGCAAGCUGGUCAGUGUGGUCCCCGGUCCCGUCAGAGAGCCAGUUGAUUCCGACAAGCGGCACGCCAGCGACUUUGCCCUGUGGAAGGCAGCCAAACCCCAGGAGGUGUUUUGGGCCUCUCCUUGGGGAAAAGGAAGACCCGGCUGGCACAUUGAAUGUUCCACCAUCUCAAGUCUGGUGUUUGGAAGCCAGCUGGACAUCCACUCGGGCGGGGUCGAUCUGGCCUUUCCGCAUCACGAGAAUGAAAUCGCCCAGUGUGAGGCUUUCCAUCAGUGCAGGCAGUGGGGAAAUUAUUUUCUGCAUUCUGGGCAUUUGCACGUGAAAGGCGAAGAAGAAAAAAUGUCCAAAUCGCUGAAAAACUACAUUACCAUUAAGGACUUUCUGAAGAUGUUUUCCCCUGAUGUCUUCCGGCUCUUCUGCAUGCGGAGCAGCUACAGGUCAGCCAUCGACUACAGUGACGGCACCAUGCUCGAGGCCAAGCACCUCCUCCUGGCGGCAGCCGCGUUUGUGGAGGACGCCCGGGCCUACAUGAGGGGGCAGCUGGUAUGCGGCCCCAUCAGGGACGAUGUGCUGUGGGAGAGGCUCCGCCAUGCCAAGCAGGCCGUGAAGGCCGCCCUGGCGGACGACUUCGACACGCCCGCGGCGGUGGACGCCGUCAUGGACCUCAUCCACCACGGGAACAGACAGCUGACGGCGCCCGCUGAGGAACCCGGCGGUCCCAGGAGUCCUGCCGUGUUUGGCUCCAUCGUGUCCUACGUCGAACAGUUCUUCGAGACUGUCGGGAUUUCUCUGGCGGACAGACAGUCUGUUUCAGGGGACGGCAGCCGGGCCACUCUGCACAGCGUGGUGGAACAGCUGGUCCAGUUCCGGCUGCAGGUCCGGCAGUUCGCCCUGGCCACAGGAGCGGCCACCAGGGAGGGCCGACGGCAGCAGCUGUUGGACACACAGCCCCUGCUGGAGGCGUGUGACGCUCUGCGCCGGGACCUCGUCGCCCACGGCAUCAGCAUCAAGGACAGGAGCAGCACAUCCACGUGGGAGCUGCUGGAUCAGAGGACAGAAGGCCCCAGACCGGGGAGCUGACGGCCCCCAGCACCAUCCUGUGCUUACAGGAAAGUUUCCCGUUGUGGCUGCUCAGUCACCAUUAAAGUCAAUCCAACCGAUA